GUGGCCCUUCAGGAAUUGAGUUUGAGACCAUUGAUUUAAUAUUAAAGCGUGAAAGAAACUAUGAGCAUGCAUGUCGUAGUUAUGUCUUCAGUUAAGUCAUGAAGUUACCAAAACCCCAGCACUGUCUCCUUCAUCUAAAAAACCCAAUUCAGCUUGUCAGAUCAGUAGAGACUUUAAGACCUGAAGUGGGUCAGAAAAGAGUCAUCAUUCAACAUUGAGGAUAUUAUGAAGACUCCAGAAAGCCCAGGCAGGCGGGCAGAACCGAAACCAGCAGAGCUGUUAAUCAAACUCAGGAAGCUGCAACAAGCUAAGAAGAACCUUGAAGAUGAAGUGAAGGAAACUACGCUCCUCAGAUGUGCUAGGAAGGAGGAAGAGGAUGCAUUAACUGCUGAAGCCCUACAGUUGGAGGGUACACUGAAUGAAAAGGAAGAGUUAAACAGAUCUCUGCAGCUCAAAUGUGAGGACCUCCAGCUGGAGGCACAAAGGCAGCUUGAGCAGAACCAUCAGAAAGAGGAAGCAGUAAAGCAGUGCUGCUUUCAGAUUCAGGAGACCAAACUAAAGCACAGAAAGAUUCGGAUGAAGUUUGAGAAUCAGCUUCAGCAUUUAAUGGAGCAGCAUAAAAACCUGUCCAAUGUCUUUACUCCAAAAAGACUUCCAGCAGAAAUACAGUCUGCAGAGUAUACCACUGAGCAGUUGCUGAAGGCUGAACAACAGAAGCUGGAGCAGUUGACCAAGCUUCUGGAUGGGUUAAGCUGCACCCAGAAUGCAGAGAUGUGCAUGGACACUUGUGACAAUGCAUCAUGAAUAUCUCAAACAGAUUUUGCAAACUUGAGCUGAGUAUGUUAUUACUUCCAACAAAUAUGAAUAUUACAAAGAAGCGGCAUAUAUAUUAUUUUCAAUUCUGUUUCAUUGUUCUAAUUUAACUGGUUACCAACUAUAUUGUCAACAAAUAUUUGUGAACAAAUACUGUUAAUCAAAUCAUCUUGUAUGUUGAAUAUAAAAUCAUUUAUUUAGAAUUUCUAAGUCACAAUAAUAAAAGUUUGUAAACAAG